UACAUCCACUAAUGGGUGUGCCUGCAAGGAAAAGGGCCACACCCCCAUUUAGUGUGGACAAGUUUAAAAUAAUAAGUGAGUACCGUCUCUUUAGUGUUGUUUACAUGUUUACAUGGAUAGAUCUACCUCACUCACGGAAAUCAUUGUAAAUUGUGAUUUAAGCUCUCUCAUAUCGAAGUUGACAGCUGUGCCCGAUUUGGCCGAGUUCAUUAACAAGCCUGUGGAUAGUGGAGGUGCUACUCUGCUUCAUCUCGCUGCUAAUAGUAGCGCUGACAUUUUGUACUAUCUCUUGGACAACCAUGCUGACCCUGAAAUGCGAACUGAGGAUGGGCUCACUCCCCUCCACAUUGCUGCCAUGUGGGGUCGAGCAGAGUUGGUCGAAGCUCUUCUAUACUAUGGGUCAGAACGUCUUGUUCUUGACAACGAGAGCAUGUUACCCGUAGACUAUGCAAAGGUUGAACAUCACAAGAGCUGUGUCCAACUCCUGGAGUCAGAGGGUUCUUGUGAUGACCCUUCUGCUCAUAGUAUGACGUGUGCUGAGAGUUUUGUAGCCAUGUUCAAAACAUUCUCUAUUCAUGAAGACACCACGAUUGUGCACUAUCCUGAUGUCGUUGAAGACACCUUUCAGGCCACACAGGAUGAACACUAUCUGACGGCUCUUUCCUCACCCAAGGACAACACAUCCUACUCUAACAACAGCCCAUCCUAUGCCCCCCCCUCCCCUAUUUGUGCUGGUCUUGAUAUUACCCCGACAACAGAUCUUGUAGACUCACUUGAAUGCAGCUUUGUCGGAGAGAAACAGACAGCAAUUCCAAGCGAUGUAUUGCAGUUGAGCAAUACACAGGUUUGGGAUCGUCUUAUUGCACUGGGAGAGAAGCCUGGACCAAUAAAUGAUUUCACAAGGACAGCAUAUUUGGUGUACCUGACCAAGCUUCAGUCUGGUAGUGCUCAAGUCACCAGUGUCACACACUUGAAAGGAUUCCGAUAUGAGCUGUCCUUAGUCCUGAAUGGUGUGUCUCCAAUUCCUAAUGUAACACAUUUGGAAGAGAAGAUUGUUCAAGAGUUUUCUAAUACACCUACCGUUACUAGAGCAACCAAUCCACACACUUCCACUACUGUAACAUGUUCUGGUCUAACUUCUUCACGAUAUCACAUCAGAGACAACUUUAAUUACCUACUCUUAGACCCUCCAGAGUUAGCCUCUUGUCCACCUGCCAAUGAUUUAAUAGGCUUUAAAACUUUUGUUGAGUCUAUAUUCUACAUUGGCAAGGGAAAGAACUCUCGCCCUAUUCAACACCUCAAGGAUGCAAAAUCUGCACUCAUCAAAGCAGAAAAGCUCAACUCAAAACACAAACGCAUCUCCAGCAUUUGGAACCGUGGCAAUGGUGUUAUAUCUCUGCCGAUGUUUCACAACACUAUUGAUGGUGAAGCUUUCACAAGGGAGUGCUGCAUGAUUGAUGCCCUUGGUCUUGAUAACCUGACAAACAAAGUAAGAGGGCAUGUACACGGAAUCGCCCAACAAUGGCCUCUGUUUAAACGCAGACAGUACGGAGUGUACCUUUUGCACAAGGCAUUUCAGAUAUUCCAAAUUACCAGCCCACCCCAGCUUCACGAACAUGAUCUCUAACCAUUAUUAUUUGUGCAUUGUAGGCUUUUUUUUAUCCAUUUAUGUGUUUUUUGAAAUGACUAUUGUUUUAUAUAAUUAUAUAUACAUGUAAAUUUACCCUUGAUGACAAAUAUCACGCUACGUAAUAUUCUAAAUUCAGUAUCAAAGUAAAGUUAUUGUACCAAAAAUUCUCCUGUUGAAUACAAUGGGUUUGCAACUUCCGAUGUGUCACUGGGCGUCUUCUUGUUCCUAGGAACUACUCCAAUGUCUACAUACUGGUGGUUGUUUUCAGGCUCCCCCCUUUUUAGCAGGUAUACGUCUGAGUAAAUGUGGAUAUCUGGCACAGGCACAGGUUUUGAUGUUGUUUCCUCUGCUGACUCAUAUAAAGGAUUCUGCCUCAUGAUGGAGCCCUCGAACGACUCACGUGACAACCUGCAUUCCAUUAUAAUAAUAUUACUGUGGAUGUGUCGAAGCUACAUAACAUAACAUAUAAAGCUGUUGCUAAUACACACAGCGCUGAUGAAUAUCUGAUGAACAUUUUUACAUUAAUUUUGUUGCCUGCGAAGGAAAAGAGUGGGAAAUGAUAGACUUAGUUAUGAUUGAUGCCAAAAGUAUAAAAUCUAGGGUUGCUGCAUCAGUAUAUAGAGCCUUGCAGCUACUAAUAGCAGUGUAGAGCUAACUACUAAGUAGAGUAGCAACACUUCAUGGACAAGUUUUGCUACACAAUCUUCUGAAAGGCUGCAAUGGAAUUCCAAGUACGUAUAAAGCAAAACUAGGCAUAACUCGAGAACCAAGCAUUAUUUUGUAAAUCCACGAAGAAGCCUAUAGAAAUUCUUACUUGCAUGCACUUCAUUGAUCCUUGAGCAGCUGUAGCAGUCUACACAAACACCAUAAUUAUACCUCGCUUGCGCGUGCACACCGAGGCAUGAAUAACAGCAUACAAUAGAUUUGUAACAUACCCUUGUCCACAACAGAUUCUCUUCACUAAACAGAUGGCAAUGGUAGUGAGAAGUAGAAACACGAAUAUUCCAACCAACGUACCGAGUGCAAUAAUUAUACUUGUUGUCGAUUCUGAGUCCUGUGAAUUACUAGUUGUUCUCACAUGUGUACACUGAGUAGUAAUCGAUGGGAUCGUACUGCCUUUGAAUGGGCUGCUCAUCAUUGUAAGGCAGCAUUGAUAAGGAGUGUCCCGAAGAAGUCCGUUAAUAGAUAUGUUCAAUGUUCCCUGGUGUUCUACCGAGACUGUGGUAUGGUCAGUCUUGUUAGCAAACAAAAGGUUUUGAAAUUUAGUGGAACACUUGAUGAUUACACUGGAGUUGAUAGAAUUGUUAUCGGACUGAACUUUAAUUGAUUCAUCUGAAGGAAAUAGCUUGAAAUCUAUUAAAUACACGGAGUUUGUGUUUUUUCUGAAGACAACUUCAUUGAUGGUUACAGCUUGGUACCAUUCGUCUUCGAAACACACUUGAAACAUAGUUUGAUCAUCUUUACGUUGCAGUCUUAUAGAAUCUUGCGCACAUGCUAAAUGAAAGAUCACAGCUAUGACUACAUUAAAUAUAAAAUAAUAUAAUUAUUACCUGUUAUGUUAAUUAUGGCAGCAGUAUCUCCCAGUUGGUUUGUUAUGUCACAAGUGUAGGUCCCUGAAUCAUCUUCACCCUUGUAUAGGAAUCUUAGUAUGUGUUUGUAUGUUCCAUUCGUCCUGUCAAGCAAUUCUUGUGAGAAUUCAUAAUUUGGGUUCACAGUGAACAAUUCUUGAUCAUCUUUCUUCCACAUUACUCGCUGAACUGGUCCUCCAAUUGACAAACAGACAAUUUUUCCAUCUCGUUGAUCAUAGUAAAGCCGCUCAAUUUGCAAGCACCCUGUGAGUCAGUCACACAUACAAAAUUGAGUUUCUCGUCAUUGUAUGGUAAAAGUGGAACCUCUGAAUAAAGGACACUUUAGCAGAGCUUUUGUCCUUUUUUCGGAGGUUCAUUCAAAUUACUAUUAUAGUCAUUAUCAAGAUAGUAUGUUCGUGUAUGGUCUGUAUAUAACAAACUACCUCUAUAAUUUAUUAGACAUACAAUGUAGGUGUGGUUUCCUGUUUAUCUGUUAUAAUAAUUAUAAGGGACAUACCGUAAUUAUAUCAAGGGCGUAUAAAAGAAGAGAGGGCAGACAUUUCUAUUUUUAGCACUCAUGCAAAUUCACACAUUCAUCCGCCCACGUUUGAACUCAGCUAGCUAUAUACGUUUACUAUAUAGAUAGUGAGUUGCAUAGGGCCUCUUCUUUUAUAUAAUCCCUUGAUAUAGAAAAAAUUCUUCAAUCUAUGGUGGGAGCAUGAAGCUUGCAUGUCCUCUGUCUGGAAUCAAGAAGAUCCCUUGUGGGAGGUUGCUUCUGUGUACAUAGCUGUAAAUAGAUAGUGAUUUCAAUCCGUGCAUGCCAUAGCUAGUGUCUUUUAUAGAGCUCUAGUGAGAGGGUCCGUUAUGGGAGGUUCCACUGACGACUGUAUGCAUAGAUCAGAUGGUGAAUGCUUUCCAUGCAUGUAGAGAACUACUGCUUUAUGCAAAUCUUAGUCUGAGAAAAGCCCUCAGCCAGUGUUCGAUAGUAUGUACUGUAUAGUGAGAUAUUUUCGCUGGUGCAAUUGUUAGCUAUUUAUUGGCUCGAGAGCCUUUAGAAGCAUUUUCUGUGAUAUUCGCGUUCAAGGCCAGGAAAUCACAGCCACCAUGCAUCAAGUCUGGUGCGUGGGAAUUUUUCCAGUUUUAACUGCUCGAACCUAGACAAAAAGUCACAAUCGAAACAGUCAUGCAUUUAAAACAGUAAUGUACUAAUCUCUAAAAGAUGUCUUAUACAUACCAUCGGAGUCCCUAAGAAUUCCAAUAUAUAAGUGAUUGCUUAGGUUGUUUAAACCAGGGAUAGUGCACUGGUAUAUCCCAGUAGUAUAAGACGCUUCAGCAGUGACUUGAAGGAUCAUUGACUUGUUUCGAGUACUUAAAUAGACUCCAGUAAUAUUUUGAUUGGAGGUGCUGACAUAAGAUCCAUUUGGAAACUCCCAGCCAAUAGCAAAAUCGUAUUGAGUCUCAGAACAACAUAUAGCGUUUUCCGUUGUGCACGCUAAGUUUGAAAUGUUGUUUUCGUGAAGUUCGCUUAAUGUGAUAAUACUGUUGUUUCUAAGUAUUGUUAGUCCGAACAGAAAGUACGUUUCUGUUGGUACAAUGUAAAUUAUUAUGGUAUGACAUAAAUUAUCUUGAUAGCAUGCCACAAUGCUUACCUUCUAAACACAUGACACCAGCAUCUUCAUCAUGUCGGCAAUUUCUUUGCCUACCACAAUCUCCCAAUUUAUUCUCUGUGCCAUUACAGCCCACAUUAUCGAAGUACACUGGCCCUGAUCCUUCGCCAAAUGUUGCCGAACCUAGCGCCUUUGCUCCUGGGUUAGGGUUAAUAAAUAUAAAUCAUGCACUAUAUAGCCAUUAUAACAAGAUGCUUAGACAGUAUUCACCCCAUGCGUUGACAUAAUGAUCACGUGAUUAACUUUUAAUUGUAAUGACUUAACAUAAUUAUGGGGAAUGACCGUAUUAUAAAGCAAAAUUUGGUCGAUUAUUUGUCGUGUUUGUGUGUGUGUAUGUGUGUGUGUGUGUGUGUGUAGCCUCGAAUCCACGCCGAUUAAAAUAUGUAUUUUAAUUGGCGUGGAUUCGAGGCUAGAUCUAGUGUGUAUGUGUGUGUAGAUUGCAUACUACAGCAAGUGUAAGUAAGAAUUUCUAUAGGCUUCUAGUCAUGUUUUCAUUCGUGGAUUUGCAAAAUAAUGCUUCGUUCCCGAGUUAUGCUUAGUUUUGCUUUCUUGGAAUGCCAUUGCAGCCUUUCAGAAGAGUGCAUAGCAUUAAAACUUGUUCACCGAGUGUUACUACUCUACUUAGUAGUUAGCGCUGCACUAGAACGUUAGCUAUCGGUAGCUGCAAUAUUGAGAAGAGAACUGCAAGGCUCUGCUAGCUGAUGCAGCCAUUAAUUUUAAACUUGAACGUUUGGCAUCGAUCAUUUUUAACAGCAAUUGAUCUUUGAGUUUGCAUGCAGCCUUAAUACAACAUUAAUUUUCAUCAUGAUAACUAUAUAGGGGUACAUUAAAUGCAAUAAAUCCUAGCUCAGUAAAUCAAAAUAUCGAAGUAAAUCUUAAUCGUCAUAAUUAUAUAUAAGAAAGCUAGGUCUGUGUGCAUUCAAUCUGGUAAAGACGUCUAAUGGUUGACACACAAGAAAGCGAGAUUUAAGUUAGACCGUCCAGGCUCCGGUUUAGCCACUCUUGGCUGUUGCUGAGGUCUAAGACUGUGAGUCGAUCGACGUCCCUCAGCAUGUUCCAAGACUCCACGCCAAGUAUCAAAGCCUACACGUUCACCAGAAGUCCAGGUAGAGCUCCUUUGCCUCGACGUCAACCACCACCACGCCACAUAAAAUCUCAAUAGGACCCGAACAUAACCUCGCUUCGCUAGGAAUUAUAAUGUGUGUAUGAAAACUAUUAGUAGCUUUAUGUUAUGUAGCUUGGCACCUCCACCGAGUAGGCCUGUGCCAAAUAUUCAAAUUUUUUCUUCAAAUUAUUUAUUCGCACUUGAUUAGCCUAUUAUUCAAUUUCAUCAGCCCUAUUAUUCAAAUUAAUAACACCUAUUAGUAUGGCUAAGAGCUGGGAUUCACGAGUAGCCUCGAUUCAAGCUAGGCCGAUUAUUCGGCCUAGAAUCGAGGCUAUAAGCACGAGUAACAAGCAAUGGCAAGGAUACUAAUUGCACGAGGCGUAGCCGAGUGCUAUUAACCUUGCCAGUGCUUCUCAGGUAUAAUUAUAUAGGAUAAGGUCGAUUGCUUUUUCUUGAAAUAGUAUAAUAAUUAUAAUAAUUAUUAUAAAGAACUACCAUUUUUUGUAAAACAUUUUGUCAAUUACACAUUAUUUUUCACAAAAUGCAUAUGUAUUGUAAACAGGAAUACCUUUCAUCUGAUAACAUUAUUACCAUGGUUACUAUCUUGGUAUGUGCGUUAACUGUGACUAAAUAUGACUUACCUUAACGAUUGUUUUGAAAAUGCUGCCUCCAAUACCAAAUGGCCCGUCUCCCUUUUAGAGGCGGGCCACGCCCAUCUAGUUUCAACAUUGAACUAACAAUCAAAUUUACUGCCAUGUAAAAUGUGGGCGUGUUCUGAGCUACUGCGCAUGUGUAAUUCAUAGUGCCGAUUAAAAAUUGUAAAAAAGGCUUAAAUAGCUCAGAUUUUUGUCCACACACGUACCCCUAGCUGCUGCGCUAUUUACAAACAUGCAUGGCACAAAACAUCUGUGCAAAGAUUUCCGUUACUUGGUAUGUGCCACUGCAUAGUGAGUAACCGCAGUGCAUAAUUAUUUAUGCCUUUGUGCCCAUGCGCAAGCGAAGUAUAUACGGUAGUGUGUGUGUGUGUGUGUGUGUGUGUGUGUGUCCGUCUGUCUGUCUGUCUGUCUGCGUAGACUGCUAUACAGCUGCUCAAGGAUCAAGGAAGUGCAAGUAAGCGUUCCUAUAUAGGCUUUAGUCUAUAGUCUACCAGCUAGCGUUCCUGAUGUCAUGCAGUAAUCGGCCGGGCCAAGUAGAAUAAAUUAAUUUGUGCACUAUACCAAUUUCAGCAGCUAUAAUUUAUAGCUAUAAUUAUAAUUAUAUAGGGUUGUAUAGGACCAAGUUUGGCAGCCAAAUUGGACAAUAAAAUUAGGCUCCUCAGACCAAUUUCAGGACACGAUGUUGCUGUCCUGAAGUCAGAACCACACCCAUGCACUGCAAUGUGUCUAUAAUUUGUAAGUAUACAAGGACUCACUAAUAGAAGUAUAUCCCAAUUCUCUGCAAACAAUGCCAGCAUCUAUGUCCCCCCAUUCGUCAUCACAGACUGUUCCCCAUUCAUAUCCUGUAAAAACCUCCACUCUUCCUUCUAGCUUUGAGUUUCCGUUUACAAGCCUGAUACUGUUCUGCACAGGCCACUCUGUUUAAAAUGCUAUAAUAAUUAUUAUAACUCUUAUAAUAAUUAGUGCAAGUAUGCAAGGUUAAACAUCGGACACA